AGCGUGGAAGAUGAACUGGAGAUGGCCACCGUCAGGCAUCGGCCUGAGGCCCUGGAGCUUCUGGAAGCCCAGAGCAAAUUUACCAAGAAAGAGCUUCAGAUCCUUUACAGAGGAUUUAAGAAUGAAUGCCCCAGUGGUGUCGUUAAUGAAGAAACCUUCAAAGAGAUUUACUCACAGUUCUUUCCACAGGGAGACUCUACAACAUAUGCACAUUUUCUGUUCAAUGCGUUUGAUACGGACCACAAUGGAGCUGUGAGUUUCGAGGAUUUCAUCAAAGGUCUUUCCAUUUUGCUCCGGGGGACAGUACAAGAAAAACUCAAUUGGGCAUUUAAUCUAUAUGAUAUAAAUAAAGAUGGCUACAUCACUAAAGAGGAAAUGCUUGAUAUAAUGAAAGCAAUAUACGACAUGAUGGGUAAAUGUACAUAUCCUGUCCUCAAAGAAGAUGCUCCCAGACAACACGUCGAAACAUUUUUUCAGAAAAUGGACAAAAAUAAAGAUGGGGUUGUUACCAUAGAUGAGUUCAUUGAAAGCUGCCAAAAAGAUGAAAACAUAAUGCGCUCCAUGCAGCUCUUUGAAAAUGUGAUUUAACUUGUCAACUAGAUCCUGAAUCUAACAGACAAAUGUGAACUAUUCUACCACCCUUAAAGUCGGAGCUACCACUUUUAGCAUAGAUUGCUCAGCUUGACACUGAAGCAUAUUAUGCAACCAAGCUUUGUUUUAAUAUAAAGCAAUCCCCAAAAGAUUUGAGUUUCUCAGUUAGUUAUAAAUUUGCAUCCUUUCCAUAAUGCCACUGAGUUCAUGGGAUGUUCUAACUCAUUUCAUACUCUGUGAAUAUUCAAAAGUAAUAGAAUCUGGCAUAUAGUUUUAUUGAUUCCUUAGCCAUGGGAUUAUUGAGGCUUUCACAUAUCAGUGAUUUUAAAAUACCAGUGUUUUUUGCUACUCAUUUGUAUGUAUUCAGUCCUAGGAUUUUGAAUGGUUUUCUAAUAUACUGACAUCUGCAUUUAAUUUCCAGAAAUUUUCAUGUCUGAAUGCUGUAAUUCCAUUUAUAUACUUUAAGUAAACAAGAUUACUACAAUUAAACACAUAGUUCCAGUUUCUAUGGCCUUCCUUCCCACCUUCUAUUAGAAAUUAAUUUUAUCUGGUAUUUUUAAACAUUUAAAAAUUUAUCAUCAGAUAUCAGCAUAUGCCUAAUAAAACUUAAUAAGCAUUUAAUUUGCCAUCAUACAUUACAGCCAAGGCCUAUAUAAUAUACAUAAUUUUGGAUUUGUUCAAUCUUACAGGCUGUUUUCCAUUGUAUCAUUAAGUGGAAGGUCAAGAAGGCAUCAAACAAAACAAGGAUGUUUACAGACAUAUGCAAAGAGUCAGGAUAUCUAUCCUCCAGUAUAUGUUAAUGCUUAAUAACAAGUAAUCCUAACAGCAUUAAAGGCCAAAUCUGUCCUCUUUCCCCUGACUUCCUUACAGCCAUUCAGGGACAAAGAAACCUUGCCCCACUGUCUACUAGGAACAAACAAACAGCAAGCAAAAUUCACUUUGAAAGCACCAGUGGUUCCAUUACAUUGACAACUACUACCAAGAUUCAGUAGAAAAUAAGUGCUCAACAACUAAUCCAGAUUAGAGUAUGAUUUAGUGCAUCAUAAAAUUCCAACAAUUCAAAUUAUUUUUAAUCAUCUUAGCCAAAACUGUAAAGUUGCCACAUUACUAAAGACAGACACAUCGUCCCUGUUUUGUAGAAAUAUCACAAAGACCAAGAGGCUACAGAAGGAGGAAAUUUGCAACUGUCUUUGCAACAAUAAAUCAGGUAUCUAUUCUGGUGUAGAGAUAGGAUGUUGAAAGCUGCCCUGCUAUCACCAGUGUAGAAAUUAAGAGUAGUACAAUACAUGUACACUGAAAUUUGCCAUCGCGUGUUUGUGUAAACUCAAUGUGCACAUUUUGUAUUUCAAAAAAAAUAAAAGCAAAAUAAAAUGUUUAUAA